CUGAAAGAAGAAGAAGAAGAAGGAACGGGGUUUCGAAAAUGGCGAUCCACGUAAACCGCAGCCAAAACAGAGGAAAGUAGAGCUAUCUUUCGUCCAGACUGGACCGAGCUGUGAGACGGGCUCGGUGAUGCGUGUGUAACGGAAAUGUCAUCUGAUUUAAGGAUGAACGGGGUGAGGAUAGCGCGAGAGGAGGGUGUGACGGCAGACUCUUACACCGAAAACCUCAUUGGAACAUUAUUAGCUAUCUUUGGAAACCUGUUGGUCAGCAUCUCAGUCAGCAUUCAGAAACAAAGUCACGUGACGUUGGCAGGAAAUAAAGACCCCAGUCAGUACUACUACAGUAAGAGCUGGUGGUCUGGUCUGGUGCUGAUGGUUCUGGGGGAGGCUGCCCUGUUUGUGUCUUACGCAUUUGCACCGCUCUCUCUCAUAGCACCACUUAAUGCCGUGUCUGUCAUAUCAAGCUCCAUCUUGGGUUUCCUGUUUUUGCGGGAAAAGUGGAAGGCACGGGAAUUCUUGAAGCGCUACAUCUUGACUUUCCUGGGCUGUGCCUUGACGGCAGGCGGUACUUACCUCUUUGUGACGUUUGGACCAAACUCUCACGAGAAGCUGAAUGCGGAGAACAUUGUAAAACAUGUUAUUGGUUGGCCCUUCCUCUUAUACUUGCUUCUAGGUAUCAUCACGUUCUGUCUGGUGCUGUAUUUCUAUAAACAGCGCGAUGCCAACUACCUCGUCCUGAUUCUGCUGCUGGUGGCACUUCUUGGUUCAGUGACUGUAAUCACAGUGAAGGCAGUUUCAGGGAUGAUAGUGCUUAGCAUCUUGGGUCCUUUACAGCUGUCUUAUCCCAUUUUCUAUGUCAUGUUUGUCUGCAUGGUGGCAACUAUCGUCUUUCAAGCAUCAUUCCUAGCACAGGCGUCUCACCUAUAUGAUUCCUCUCUCAUUGCCUGUGUGAAUUACAUUUUCUGCACAACAUUUGCAGUCGUGGCAGGGGCCAUAUUUUAUCAGGAAUUUAACCACGAAGAUGUUCUGCACAUAUGCAUGUUUCUUUUGGGAUGCGCUAUAUGCUUUCUUGGAGUGUUCCUGAUCACUAAAAACAAGAGGAAUGUCAAAGCCUUUGAGCCAUAUGUCACUAUGGACAUGGCAAGAGGCAUUCCAACCAUUCACAAUAAAGGCUGGGCUGUGCAGCUCGAUUAUAAUGGCUCUUUUUCUUACGGAGCACUUGAGAACAAUGAUAGUGUGGCUCCUGUACCGCUUUCAGUGGACCAAGAGCUGUCCGUCUCUUGCAGCCCUGUUAGCCCACACCAACCAUCAGAGCUGAAAAAAGACUGAGGGGAAAUGUUUGAAGUGCAAUUAAGACUAAUGCUACCGUGUGCAUUACUGAUUUGAUUGUUGAAAGCACUCAUAGAACACAGUUUCAGAAUAUUGGACCAUUUUAGAACUUCUGUAUUUCUCUUGUCUGAUCCUGAGCCAGGAAACCAAGCUAUAAGCCUUUCAUUGGUGGCGUUGAUUUUAACCUGAGGUACUGGUAUGUUAUCUUUGUUUGAUACUCGUAUCUGUAAUCAAAGCUAAUAUUACUAACUUGAGAACCUAAAUAUACCUCAGAAGAUGUUUUGGAUUCUGCUACUGCUUUGUACCAGAUAUACUAUAGUCCAGCUUUAUCAACCAAAGGCCAAUGACUAAUAUAGAUUGCACAAAUCUCAGCUAGUUAUAUACAAAUAUAUAUUUGGUACUGGCUCAAAUUACUGUUUUCUCAAGCUCAUGAAAACUGCUCUCUUUCAUUUCAUUUCCAAGUCUUCAGGCCUGAAUAUCUGCUGUGCCUAUUAUUUAUUUCCUGUGCUUUUAUGAAGUGUACCAAAUAGCCUUUUUUUGUACAAGUCUGCAUGUUUGUGGGUAAUACAUUAUAUAUCAGAACACUGCUGGUGGUUGAAAUGUACAGAUGCCUUCUGUAAAAAGUUAAGAAACACUGGCUGAUAUUUCCUCAUACAUACCAGUGUUUUGACUAAUGUGGUAAAAUAUGUUGUUGGUUUGAUGUCUUUUAACACAAGUAAUCAUUAAUGACGUUUUUU